AUGAAGUUUCUCUCUACCCUCGUCGCCAGCACUCUGGCCCUGGCAGUCUCAGUCCAAGCUACCGACUGCACCAAAGGCAUGAAGUACUGCAGUGGUGUCUUGCAAGACAUCGACUACGCGAAAUAUUCCACCCUUAUUCCGCAGGCUAUAAAAGCGGCCGGCUUUGGUGAUGGUGUCCCCAUCUACAACUUAUUUCUGUUUGCAUGUGGCAGUGGUGGAUCGAUCACAGUUGACAGAUUUUGCGCUUUUGGUUGUAACAAUGCAGGUGCUGGUAACAAUGAUUUCUGUACUCUCUGA